UAUCAUUCCACAAAUUCCUUCUUUUUUCAUGUAAACAUUGCGUUAUUAUUGUUUAUUACUAUAAAAAAUAAUACCAAACUCAUCACCUGCACUGAAGAAUAAUAUCUUGACUUACUGUUGGUCUUUUUUCACGAUAAGAGAUGGUUGGGCCCAUGUUACUUCUGAAAAUGUUACACUGCAGACGAAUGAAUGGCAGAAAUAUGAACUCUGGUGAUGAAAUGGGAGACGAAGGUAACUCUAAUAACGAAAACUCAACAGAAAGCAAUAUUAAGAUGGAACAAAAUGAUGAUAGCACUUGCAGGGUUUGUUUAAAAGAAGGUUGUAUACCUAUUUUUGGUAACGAAACUUUAGAAGACGUUUCGGAUUCUCUAAACAUAUUUGCCAGUCUAGAAGUAACAGUGGACGAUCCGUAUCCUAAAUACUUAUGUCAACCUUGCAAUGAGCUUCUACAAGGAGCGAUAUUAUUUAGGAAAACUGCUCAACAAUCAGAUCACCUCCUAAAAAAUCCAGUUGAAGAUUCACAUGCUAGUGGUAUUGACGACUCUUACGAUUAUGCAAACGAUGACGAUAAUUUGUCGGAUUAUGAAGACCGUAAACCUAAGAAACAGAGAUCAUAUCAUUGUAAGAAAUGUGAAAUAUCAUUUGAUUCAUUCAAGGAGUUUAAUGACCACAAACUGACUGAGGAGCACGAGAACAUGAGGCUUGUGUGUCCUGUCUGCAAUAGAUCAUAUACAGCAUUAUACUUAAAAAAGCAUUUAGCCAUACACAAACAGGAGACUCCAUUCAUGUGCGAUAUUUGUGGCAAGAACUUUUCAAUGCAGGGACCAUUUACACGACACAGGUUGACACAUUUCUAUAAAUUACCCUUCAAUUGUUCACUCUGUCCGUACAAAGGUAGAUUCCGAGAAUCUCUCAAGAUGCAUAUGCGCACUCACACUGGUGAGAAACCGUACCAAUGUUCACAAUGCCCUUCAAGGUUUAUAAACAAAAGUAAUUUGAACAAACAUAUUAAGACCCAUAAAGGGCAACAUGAUUUUAAGUGUGAGUCUUGCAACCGAGGAUUCUACACAAAACGGGAACUAGAAUUACAUUAUAAAGUGGACCAUAGUGGAAUUAAGGAACAUGUUUGUAAUAUCUGUGGGAAGGCAUUUGGUUAUAGAAAACAAAUGAUGAAACAUCAACUUAAGGUACAUAAACGAGCUAAACUUAGAAGUGGGAGGAUGCCUUUGUAUUUGAAGGUUGAAACUAUGAAACAACAAGGACAACAUAUUUCCACGGAGAGUUGAGAGUUGGAAUAUAAUAUGGGCGACACCAUAUAUUUUGUGCAAUAAAGCAUUUUCUUACCUGGCUUGGGCUUAUAAACUGCGAAGUAACUAAUCUCUAUGUUGCAGUAAUGAAAGACAUCUCAUAAAAAAAGACAAGAUGUAUGUGAUAUGUUUAUGCAGAAAUAUGUUUUUUUUGCAGUAACAAUUUGGUGAUUCUUGCAGAUCUGAAUCAGCAAACACAAAAUAGAAAUAUUAAUA